AUGGUAUUCGAAUGUAAAAUUUGCCAUGCACCAGCACAAAUCAGUUACUACGGAUGCAUUGCAUGUGCACCGUGCAAAAUAUUCUUUCGACGAAAUGCUAAAAAGCAGAAUGAAUUACAUUGUCCUUUCGAUAAUAAUUGUGAAAUUAAUGUUAACACUCGUCACACGUGUUCAGCUUGCCGAUUAAAGAAAUGUGUUGACAGCGGCAUGGAAAUUGAGAGAAUUAGAGCCAGUUAUUCAGUCACAAGUAAAAGCAAAGCAGUAGUACCGAAAACAACAGCAAAAUUACAAGUAGUGAAUUUGUUAGACGCAGAUCGAUCGAAUAUCAAUGCUGAUCAAUGGACUCUCCUUUCGAAUUUAUUAUCAUGUUAUGAUGAAUACAGUGGAUUGAUUAUUGGUCGAAAUUUUAUGACCGAACAAAAUAAAAUGCCAGUGAAAAUACGUUUUAAACCUUCGUCGAUCAUUCAUCUGUUCCAGUUGUUACUUGCCGAUGGUCAAUUGCUCUACACAAAGAACCGAGAUUUUCUUGCGUUAUCGACAGAAGAUCGUUCGAUUUUGAUAGAGAAUACGCUUAUAUAUACAACGGCCAGUUCAGUGAAUUUCAUCAAUUCACAAAUAGGAAUCAUGGAUUUAGCUAUAUUUUAUGAAACGAUGGGGGUUAUUAGUAAUCCAGGUUCAAUUACUAUUAUGAAACGUAUUGCUUCACACAUGAUAUCCGACAAUGUGGUGAUGAAAUUGUGCUUAGCCAUUAUGUCUUUUUCGACUUUACGACCGACGUUCUGUUCGACUGAUUCGUCCAAGCAGUUUUCAAGCAUAAAUGCGAUUUUGAAAAUUCAAGAUAGUUACAUCGAAUUAGCAUGGCGAUAUCUGAUUUAUACCUACAAAUUGGAAUGGACUGUUCGAUGUUUUUCUGAUAUGAUCCGGUUUCUAUUUAUCAUAAAUGAAGGCGUUGUUCAAACCAAAGAAGUCGAAUGGUACCAUGAGACACUGGAUUCUGUUACUCAACAAACGAAAGAAUGUCUCACCGUCAGUGACUAA